UCAAAAUAAUUCAUUUUACUGCUCGUAUUCUUUAAAUUUUUCGUUUCAUUUGGAAAAUUGUGAUACAUAUAGCAUCCUAAACGAAAGUAUUAUAAAUAUAUUUUCGUGUAACAUAUAAGUUGAUAACAAACUCCUGAAGUUGUUUGUCAUGUAAUAUAUUACUUUGCCAAAUAUUCACUUUAAAAACAAUAUGUUAAAUUGCGAAUACUGUUAAAAUCGCUCUUUAAAAUAGUCAAUCAAAUAAUGUCGCGGUCAAUACGAGCAGAAACGCGUAGUCGCGCAAAAGAUGAUAAUAAACUUCGUAUGCAAGCAGUUGACAAGGGAGAAGAAAUGGGUGACUAUCGGUGAAACAUCAAUGAGGAUAUUUAAGUGGGUUCCAGUAUCAAGUAGCGAACAGAAGAAGAAGUUAUGCAUUAAAGAAAAUAAAGAGAAUUCACACAAACCUACUACAGAUUCUUCAAAUUCGAAUUUUGGAUUAACAGAGGAUUCCAAUACUUGUUUUUCUACAGUUAGCGACUCUCAAGGAGCAACGGAAUUUGUUUCCAAUAUGCCAUUUUCUGAAGAUUCUAAUUCUCAAAGCAGUGAGACAGGAACUCCAGCUAAAAGAUCAAAACUAGAUAAUUAAUGACAAAAUGCCUGAAAUAAUGUGAUCGAACAUUUUAUAUUUCUUGGCAUGAUUUUUUUUAUAUGCGUUUAGUAUUAAAUGUUAAAAGUGAUGUAUGAUUUUACCAAACGUGUGUAACUAUUUAUUUAAAUGUCUGUGGGCCUGAACUUUGUAGCCAUACUUGUAUUCAUGAUUUAUUUAUUGAUUAUGAACCUGUAAAAAUAAAUAAAACAGUUAUUUUGUAUU